AUGACUGAGUAUGCAGGUCAUAUUCAGAAAAUGCAUGAAAAUAUAACAAGAAAAGUGGAACAACUGGUGACCGAUAUGACACGACAACUUAUCGCAAGCGCCAACAAUGACGAAGAUGUUGAAGUGGAGGUAAAAAUGUUGUUUGGGAAAGUUAUCGGUAAUCCAAGAAAUGCAACUGGUCGGAAGUUAGUUCAAUACUAG